CUAGCGGCCUGCGCACUACUUUUUCCCUGCCACGGACCGUAAGUCUUUCUACUCCCGCCACAAUGCGUUCUGCUCAGGCGCCUCGAGGAGUCACCUUCCCUGAAAUCGCCAUCCAAAUGUCUCAGAAUACUCUGGCUACUCUUCCGGAAGCUCUAUCUCCAUCGCACGGCGACUCUCUUUUGGAUGAAACCUCUCCGUCAACAUCCACAAGUAGCACGUCGCUUCGCACGUCACCGAUAAGUGGAACAGAAAUUCCACAUUCGCCGAGGCUUUUGCGCACGCGCGCGAUAGAUGCAGGGAUCGGUGUGGUUAAACAGAAGCGCAAAAGGUCUCGAGUUACACCGGAACAAUUGGCGCAGCUCGAGCGGUUUUUCGAGGUCAACAGAAAUCCAACGGCGGCCCAAAGAAAGGAAAUCUGUGACCAACUCGGCAUGGCUGAGAGACAGACUCAAAUCUGGUUCCAGAACAGGCGAGCGAAAGCCAAACUCCAAGCAGGAGCAAGGGGAGUCGGGGAAGAACUGGACAAUCCACCACAGAUCUUCUCUUACGUAAAUGCUGGCGAUGAGAGUGAACUCCGUCGCCAUAUCGGGGAGGAUGGACCCGUCACAUUUAUGCCUUGUUAUGAAUUGACCAUCGGGACGUGGCGGCGCAUCGCGAUGACGCACGAUAGACAUGAUUUGAUUGCAUACGUGCCUGAGGCGAGACGAUGUAUCGUGUGGCACGUCCAAUGCGCAGGGUCUGAUUUCAAGAUGGAGAUCCCCUUCGACGUCAUCGUGGAUACCAGCUUUGCACACGUUGCGCCUGGUCUGGGUCGCGCGACGUUCAGCCUCUCGAAACCGCCUGUCUUCUUCCACCGCAAGAAGAACACUUCGCAAUCCAACAGCCAGGUCACCUGCUGCUGGAAGCAAUGCAGCGACUGGACCCAAGACAAGCAGGCGACGAGAGUCUUGCGCCACGAGCUCGUCGGAUCCGCCGUCGUCCUUUCUCAGGUUGCGCAGAAUUACAAUCUCUUUGGGGCGUACGGCGAUAUCUCUCUGCUCGCGGCGCCGCGCUAUGCGGAGGAGCCCCAAGAUGGGAACGCAGGGUCCUUCCCGACGUCUGUGAGCCGACAGCACAGCAUUGAGCACCUUGGGGUUUCUCCGUCCGCCUCUGUGGAGUCCCUCAGAGAGCCAUCGCCCCUCGUCCAGUCGUAUGCGAUCCCUUCACCGACGAAUGUGCCGCAAUCCCCGCUAUAUCACUAUGAAAAGCCUUCGAUGAGCGCAUGGCUCGAUGGUAGAAUGCACACAUAUAUCACACACGAACUACCUCCGUCUCAUCCUGUCGAUGUGCCAACCUGCGCAUCCACGUCUUAUCCCAUCACCCCCCAAUAUCCGAGUCAGUACUCCGAGCGACGUAGUCAUGAACCUGUUUCGCACCCAGGUUAUGCGUCUCACAGACUUUCCUCUCUUGGCUCCGUUCAUCAGAACUUCGACGGUCAUUCUUCGCAAUCUGGUGCGACUAUCAACUGGAACAGUUUUCCGCUGGAGUCACCACAACGCCGCGGCGGAUUUCAGUACUCGCGCCCACCAUAGCCGUUGCCAGGAUCACUCUUCGAUCCAGCAGCGCACUUGUCCCAAUACUUCAUCAAAACCUGGGUACCACGCUUCCCUCCUGCAAUUUCGCUCAGUUGAUACCCUAUUCCCACAUUCUAAUCACACAUCGCGAUAUGGGCUUAUCUGCAUCAACGCAUACUUUGUAGAUUUAUUGAUAGUCUUCGUGCGCUCUACCGGGACGUAGGAAAACCGGACUUAAGUUAUAUCAUCCCCAGUGUCUCGUACAAAUUAUCAUUUAUAAGCCCGAGCCGCUAGAAAUACAAUGGAUCCUUGACAUUGAACCAUUCUAAUGAUCGCACUUAACGCGACAUCAUAGAGCGACCGCUAAGAGAAUACCGUGAGUUUAGUAAAUGACGACGUGAAGCACUACCUACUGACCUCGCAGUCUUCCUGUCGGCAACAGCAACCUCUGUCUUGGCUCUG